AGCUCCUUUCUGUUCUUGGGUUCAGUUCAAGUUGGCGUGCCCCAAGACCCAAUCCCUCGGAGCACUGGUCUGGUUUCGUGAGCCGACAAGGGCUUAACUUUGGUUCCAGGCCCGCCCCAGCCAGCCUCUGUUUCCUGGUCGCCACGAAGGAAGAAAGUCGAGGAAAUCUCCUGAGCCGCCUCGGGUCAUUCCCACCACAUGGCUUGUUUGGUGCAACUGGGGCAUUCGGUGACGAGGAGGAGGUUCAAUCAGCCUCUUUAUACAGUGUACGGUAGAUACACGUAUUUGGUAGCCAGUGAGGCGUUCGAAGUUGCACUUCACCAUGUCUCAUCUGGACCCUGUCUACCUUACAUACCCGGCCGACGAGAGGUCCACAUGCAUCUUUUCUGCCUCUGCAAGGGGCCCCGGUCAGUUCGAUUGAUUGCUGAUGGUUCGUCUUCGAAAAGUGGAGCAAAUUCUAUGAUCAAUCACGGCACCCAGGCGAGCCAGGUUGACCAAGCCGCUGCUCUGACCUCCUGGCUUUGCGACUUGUAUCCGUAUCGUUCAACACAAUCCUCCAAGCCGCAUUGUUCUUUUUUUCCCUUUCUCGAUCUCGAGUCUCGGGCGCCCUUGGCUUUGCCCAUCCUCGCUGUUGUCCUCGACGCUCUUUCUCAGACUUUCCUUUCCUUCCUCAGGGCCCCGGACACACUAACAACGCGCCUUCCUUCUCUUCUCCAAGAGCACAGUCCUCCACGCUCUGAAAUAACCUUAUUCCCCUUGCGACGCGAUAUUUUGGUUCUGUUCUGCCUGCAGCGAUUCGCAGCUUCUUUUGUUGCCUUCUUCAAGUUCUGUACGAGGUAUGCAACGUCUCUCUUGUGGUUUUCGCAAUCAGGUCACUUAUUUAUUAACUAAGUUGUAUGACAGCUCUGGAUUGCUCGACUCAGGUAGGAAUCCUACCUGAGCUUCACAUAGUCGCCACCAUCACAAGCAGCCCGUUCGUCUCAUAUUUGCUUCUGAGCUCCACUCCCUCGUGGCAGCCGGGACGUUAAGAGCUCGCAGCUGCUCAGGAAUACUGGCCUAGUCCUUGCCGCGAUUCGUCGCGUUGUCAAGCGGCCACUGUGCGCCUCCCACUACCUUUGCAGCAAGCUGAUGGCUAUUGUGCCUUGCUGUUAUAAGUAUUGGCGAGACUUAGCCAAGGGGUUCUCGUUUCUUAAUGCGCAUGCUAUAGCAUCAACCUCUUCGCAAAAUAGGGGUUCCAGUUAUGCUAAUUGGCCAAUGACGACGCAGAAUUAGCAAUCCCACACGC